ACUCACCGCUGUGGAAACCUGUGUUACAAAGAAACAAGAGGGUCGACACUUAAUAUUUCGGCUAAGGAGUUAGCCGAGGGUUGAGUACCAUACUGCAAAACAAGCACUGAAUCAGAGGAUAACAAUUGACGGGGUCCCCUGCUACAACUCUUACUGCUAUUUAAUAAACCAAUGAAGGGUUAAGUAUAUGAAGUAGUGUCUUUGUAGUGAAAAUAUGUAGGUAAUGUCUCGAGACCAAUUACAGGACUCUCCCAUGUAGUAAUGCACAGAUCUUUUAAUGCAUUUUCACUCUAGGUCUUUUUAUUUGUAUAAUCUGUCUGAACAUGUUAUUGCUGUUCGUGUUGAAAAUGAGAUCUGCGCAGAUGUGGAGAUGGCGGUGGCAGAGGAGGUUGUAGAAGAAAGUGGUGUGGAGGCUGAUGAUGAUUGGGAGCCAUUUGACCCCUACCUGUUCAUCAAGGAUCUGCCCCCACUAACGUUGGAGAUGAGGGCCAGAUGUCCUGCUCUUCCUCUAAAAACCAGGAGCAGCCCAGAAUUUUCCCUGGUUCUGGAUUUGGAUGAGACACUUGUUCACUGUAGCCUUCAGGAAUUGAAAGAUGCGUCUUUCAGCUUCCCAGUCCUGUUCCAAGACUGCAGCUACACUGUCUUUGUGAGAACUCGGCCAUAUUUUCGUGAGUUCCUGGAGAGGGUGUCUUGCAUGUUUGAGGUGAUUCUGUUCACUGCAUCUAAACGAGUGUACGCAGAUAAGCUCCUGAACUUGCUGGACCCCACUAGAAGAUGGAUAAAGUACCGCCUGUUUCGGGAGCAUUGUGUGUGUGUUAAUGGGAACUACAUUAAGGAUCUCUCUAUUCUUGGCCGAGACCUGUCAAGGACCAUUAUAAUUGACAAUUCUCCGCAUGCUUUUGGAUAUCAGUUGGAGAAUGGGAUCCCAAUUGAAAGUUGGUUUGUUGAUCAGAAUGACAAUGAGCUUAUGAAGCUCCUGCCUUUCUUGGAGGACCUUGUUCAGAUGAAGGAAGACGUUCGCCCACACAUCCGAGACAGGUUCAAGCUCUUCACCUUUCUUCCCCCAGAUUAGAAGAUGUAAAUGCAUGGGAAGUAAGUAAGAAGAGGGCUGUACAGUUACAAAGUUGUAUUUUCUGCAGGAACUCUUGUGCAAAUCCCAAGUCAGUGUCAGACUGGUGACAUUCAUCUGGACCAUUGGAUUGCCGAGCAUAAUAUAGAGAAUAGUGAUAAAUAGAUGAACAGAUGUAAAUAUGCUGUACUGUAGUGCUCGAAUGGGGGGAAGCACUUUUUUGUAUAGAAGAAAGAAAUGGUUGAAGGGAUAAAUACAAUUUGAAUUUGUUCAACCAAUACACAAAUUAUUAUUCUUAAAGAAAGCAUAGUACAAGGAUUGGCAUUUGUAAAUACAUGUAACAGUAUAUAUUAUAAACAUAUGACUUUUGAACUUCAAGUGACUUUCCCAUGUGAUACAGAUCAAUGUACAAAUCUAAAAAAUUUAGUAGUUUUCUCUACUUCGUGUCAUAAACUGAAAUAGUGUCCAGUUGUAUUAAAAGUGGCAUUCCACAGUGUGUGUGUAUAAUUCAUUAACCAGAUAACAUGGAAAUGUUUAAAGAUUUUAAAUUUUAUAUAAGUAAUGCAACAUAUUUCCGUAUGUCUUCGUUGCACUUUUUAUUCAUAAUUUUCAGUGUGAAAAUUUCUAGUAGUUUCUAGUAAGGUAUUUCUCAUUUACAGAAUAGGUUCCUGGCUUAUAAACGAUCUGUUAGUUCAUUUGAAUCUGUUAUACUAUAAACAAAGUUGCAAGAAGUUUGUUGCAAAUGAUUUUAACAACCAUGACUGACUUCUUCAUGUCCUCCCUACACCUAGGGCAUCAUUCUUAUGAUACCUUCUUUUAACCACUUACUCUUUCCUUAGUGCAUCACAAUUGCCUCCAGGAACUGCUCAUGUCUAAAGGCUGGACUUGUAAGGAGGAGGAUGUACUCUUUGCAAUUUGGCUAAAAAACAAGAAUCAUUCUUAGGGACUUUGGGUUUCUCAGAGGGAGCGAAGAGUAUUACACAAAGAAUAAUUGACAGUAAGAUGACAUUCAUUGAGUGAUGCAAGAUCUCUUCAUGGUUUUGACACAUGAGUAUCUUAACUGGGCUGUAUAUAUCCAGUUGAGUACAUGGGUGCUUUUUCUCGGUGGCUCAGUCCUGCAUGUAUAUUUGAUCUAAAUUAUAUCUCUUUAGUGGAAAGCUCAACUUCAUGGUUAUAUGAAAAUUAAAUCAUAGUCUCAACGUUUGGGGUUCAGAAUGUAAGUCCAAAGAAAAGUGGAGUAACUUUAUCACUCUGAGGUCCAACACAAAUCGUUUCUUGCUACCUUACCACUCAUGCCACUCUGUCUCUUGCUAACUGCCAAGAUACAUUCACAUAUUCUCUGGCAUGUCCACUUGUCCCCACUUUAAAGUUUUUGUGCCAGCUUGUCAGCGAGUUACUGUUAGCUAUAAACAUUCAGUAGAAUUCAGCUGGGUUAGGCCUGACUGCUCACACCCAUACGAACCCUAGAGCCCAGCUUCUUAACUGAAGAUUAAUCAUAUUAUCAUGUUUGGAAUACACUGAGGUUGUACCAGUAUAAAAAACAGUUUAUUUCAUGUCAGAUUUAUAUUUAAAAACACAAGACAAGUAACAAAUUAAGCCUGUUUGCAUGACAAACUACAUCAUAUUUUAGGCUUAUAUGAAGAAUUGUCAGACAUUACUGGAUGUUUGCACACUGAAAUAUAUCAGUUUGUAGAAGGUAAUUACAAAUUAAAUGUAUGUUAAAAAGUGAACUAAAAAUUUGUGACACUAAUGACAUAUCCACUGCAUACUGUGGUAAAAGCUUCCACCACAGUACUGUUUCAUCUAAACCUGCUUAACAAAAAAACAGCACCCAUGUGAAGCUGUCAUUUAUCCUUGUCUAGUCAUUUUUGAAGUGUUAACUCUGAUAAAAUACGUAAGGCAUCCUUCAAGGCACAUACACCCCUUGUAGACAUUUAGAUACCCUGCCGAGGCCUGGUGGUGUGCCAUUUAGAAAAUGGGGGUUGCUGUCUGUUCCCACAAACAUAUUUUCUUUUGUUUUAAGGGUCACUUUUAAUGUCUAUUUUGAUUCAAGGAUUUCAGUGUUAUCUUUCCUUUCUUGUUGUUAGGGCCUUAUCUUUGUUCAUUCAGGGUGGAUUUCUUCCUUCUUGAGUGCAAAGUAGCAGCCACACAGACAGCCAGCUGGGCCCCAACCUGCCAUGCCUUCACAGGGGUAGCAAUUGAUGAAAGUAGGUCCAAUUAUCCUGUGUGCACUUAUCACAUUAUUUUAUUAUGAAGAGGACGUUUGUGAGUAAGUUGUGAAUUUUUUGCACUCCCGUACUAAUUAUACUGUGAAUUUACCUAUGUAAGGAAUACCAGGCCACAUCAGAAAGAAACUGGUUGUAGAUCAACUUCUCUAUCAUGUAUAAACCUAAGAAACAAUUUCUAAGAUUUAUUCUGGCAGUCAGAUCAUGUUCCUUCAAUGCAUGAACUAUCUUCUUACAGGGUCACAGUUUUAAUGGUUUUGUGGUCCUUUGUCCUGAUGUUCUUGAAGCACCUAUCUCCUGUACUUGUUUCAUAGAUUUUGUAGGUAAAGUUUCAAGUCUAGCACCAGUGUCUUCCAAUGUCUUCUGUCAGGACAGUUCAUUUCCUAACUGGCUUUUUGUGCAGAAACAAUCCUGUUGUUUUCCUACUUGUAGUAAUUGAUUCUUUUUGGAAACUUAUGCUGAAAUUUUUUGCAACAUUUUCCGGCAGACUCGUAUUUGAAAUAGUUAACUAAACAUGCAUGGUGUUCAGUAGUAUACCUCACUCAAGCCAUGUUAUAUAGCACUGAAUUGUUUCGAGAAAUUAAUUAACAGACACUGAAAAACACGGUGCAUAAUGGUGGGAGUGUGUUAUAACCUACUGCUGCUGCUGCUUUGGAUGUGCAACUGUCCAGGGCCUCGUGAUCAAGCAGGAGGAAAUCCACCCUGUAGUAAGGAGAGGUUUUAUGUAGUAUUUCAGAUAUUCUGAGGCUGUAAAGCAGAGAAUAUUGAUGGUGAGGUGUUGAACAGUUUAAUUGUUACACUUUCCUGCCAUUUUCAUAACCUGUCAUCAUGAUGCUGGAAGCAUUGAGAGGUCAUGCUGUGAAAGCGCGUCAUUUUGAAAUAUAACGAUAGUAAAGCAGAAAGUUUACUACAAAGUAGCAACUAGAAAACAAAAAUACUGUCUUGAAAUACUGUAUAUUGUAGUAGUAGCACAAUGUCAUGCAACUUUGCUGAAGAAAAAUAUAAUACAGUGAUGAUCUGUGAACAGGUAGGAAUGUCACUUGUAGUUGGGGCCAACAGAGGAAGUCAAUCACUAUUGUUUCCUCUGUGCUGUAAUGAGAUAUAGUUGAACUUUUAGGGUUGGUUGAAGUCAAGUUCAAGUAAACUCAUUUGUUUGUAGCACUUGCUGUGCAAGUACAUCACAGUUCUUGGAUCUCGUCUCAGUCUUGAGCAGAUACUACAUUACAGACUGACUUCAGUUAUGUACAGUGCGAAUCUCUCUAUUGUACUAAGAUAUGUGGCAACCCAAAUAAAUUUGAUGUUCGUCACAUAUGUAACUUUCCUUUUUACUUUUUUUACUGAUCUUUAGUAUGUAUAUAUUUUUAAAUUUUGUUACUGUUAUUUGUAAUUGAGUUAUUAUUGAUCAGAAGUAAAUUCUAGGUUUCUCUUAAGUUUCUGAAGUCUGGACUUGAUUAGUGUAAAAUUAUUUUUCAAGUUGUCCUAUUAGGAUCAAAUUAUAAUGCAGUCAGAAUAGCCUAUUAGAGAUUUAAUAUAAAUCUUAUGAAAAUAUGUGAAUAUGUGUUAAUAGCUGCAAGUGUUUUUCCAUGUGUACUUGGUGACCAUCAGAUGUUUUGUGUCAUAUUGUGUACAGUUUGAAAUUUGAUCUCUUUAAAAAUUACUAGUAGAAUUUUUGUUAUGGAUCACACCGCUAGAUAAAGGAGAGACAAUUCUAUAUUAAUAUAGCCUUGUAUCUUUACACCUCGAAUGACUGACUGCUGAAUAGUCAUGAUCUGAAUCAAAAUUUGCACAGUCAUGGGGUAAGAACACAGAAUGUGUUUCUGCAAAAUGUAUUGAUUAUCUUUUAUGGAAUAUUGUGCAUUCAACGCACAUAUGAGAAUAGCUGUAUGAAAGUGUCAGUUUAUAUGAAUUAUAGAUUUAAGUCUGUAUUUAUUAGCAUCUGAGAUGUUAUUUUACUGAGGUAUGCAAGAUUUCAGGUUCUCACAGUGGUGAGUAAGAAAGCAGCCAUCUGGGAUAUUGAGCUCUGUCGUCUCGUAAAAGUUUACUGACAUUUGAGGUGCUUACUGCCUCCAUCAUGAGGGUGAUGAGUCCCUUACCACCCUCAUGAUGGAGGCCGUAAGUACCUCUGAAACAUCAGCUAACUUCUACAAGAAGGCUGUCACCACCCACAGUGAGAUUGUUUGGAAGCUAAGUCUGUGUGUAGCAUCUGCUGUUGCAGCUAUCGCUGCUAGUUAUUGUUAUGUUACUUGAACUUGGUGAUGUAAUAUGUAGUAACAGUAGUAUUGUCUGAAUGCUGGUACUACUAUCCUGUGCUGUUUAUUACAUGUAAGUUUUGUGAUAGGUAAGCUGUAGCAAUUGUCACAUACUAGCUCCUGCAAAAGUAUUGUAUUGAUUAUUCUCUGUGACUGUAAGAUUGGUCAAAGUGACAUGUUCUUCAAUCCCUCCAUCUUAAUAGUAUAUCUUUCCAAUCCUUGACUGAGUUUUCUUUCUGCAGGUUUAUUGCUGUUUGUGAUUGAAGAUUUGAAGCACAUUCUCUUGUUAAUUUAUUGCAAUGGAUUUUCAGUUUAUUUUGUUUGCAAAUCACAUUGUGCUUCAUGCAAAAUUAGUGUUGUAAAUAUAUUCCAUAAUUUCAUUCUGGUCUUAAAUAAAUUGGAAAAAUUGAAGCAUACCUGUUGUUGGAUUAUGGAACCAGUUGGUUCCAGUGCUUCAUCAGCUUUGUUUGAAACGAGAAGUUUUGCAGUCACAGAGAAAUUUGUGUAAUUUGCACAUAUUUUCAACAAACCCUGCACUCUCAUAACAUAACAUUUCUUGGAGAUUAUUUCGGUUUCAGCUUAGUGAAAGUAUUUUCCGAGUUGUACAUGUCUUUGUGAAAGCUUUCAUAAUGAGCAUAGUUGUAUAGUAUUAUAACUAGACAAGGGAUAGGUUUUUGUUGAGCAAAGCAUUCACCGGCCCAUGGGCCAGACCUGCAUUUCAUCAAGUAUAUGAUAUAUUAGCAGUAUGUUGGGUAAUCAACAGUUUGUGCCAUGUCCCGCACUUUUGCUGCAGAACUGAUGGAGGUGGAAUAUAUAGUAUGGAAGUUGCCAAGAAAAUGAUUAUGGCCUAUUCGAAUGUUUCUCAACCAGUGUGCUGCAAAUUGAGUUGAACUAUGUUACAGCAUUUUGAAUUCAUAUAUGUUUUACACAUUUAACUGUAGUUCAGAAGUGUGGUAAUAUCAGUAAGAAUAUGUUUGGCCCUGUUUUGACAUCUCACUGGCCUGUGGUGCUGUUUCUUUGUUUAGUUGUUACUGCCUUAACAUGUUUCAUAUCCUUUUAUAUCUGUUAUACACUGUGCUUCUUCAGAAUAGUCAUUUUUAAAUUUAAUAUUUUGUCUGUAACUGUUGUCAUUUUAUUUCUUGUUGCUGAAAUGUUGCUAAUGUUACAUUUUUUUGGACUGUAAUGUUUGAAAGCUUUGUGUCUCUGUGGUAGAAAACCUUAAGCUGGUAUGUACAAAAUCCAAUUUUACAGGAAACCAUUUUAAAAAGUUCUGCAGCUAAUAUGUUUUCCAGCUAUCAAAUUUAAAAUUUUCACAGAUAGUACCUCUUAAAAAUCUUAAGUUCAUUGUGUUGCCUGAAGUUGAAAGUUGUUGAAUUUUAGGAGAAAAACAAACAAAAUGAAGAUAACAAGUUUUGACAGGAAUGUACAUUUUUAAAAAUACAAUAUAUAUUUUGAUAUGGUACACACACAUUGUUCAUAUUUUUUUGUUAAUUUUGUUCAGUUUGUGAGAUUUCAGGUGCUCAUGGCAGUGAGUAUGAAGAUGUCUUCUGGUAUGUUGCAUCAUGUAGUCUGGUAGAGGUUUACAAUGGGCUACUUUGGCUACUUACAGUCAUCACUCCUGCAGUUGACUCCCUUGGUGCAAUAUUGCAGGUUGAAGUACUGGGCGUUGUUUGGUGCUUUGUUACAUGGUUUAGGGAACUGACAUUGGUAUAGUUGUGAGGCUUUCUAGCAAGACCUAUUGGUUUCAGGGGAUAUUGGGUGGUGGCAAUGAUGUCUGGCAGGCAUAUGAUGUAGGAUGAUUCAUUGUGGACUGUCACCAUUAUAUUAAUGUACAGUGAUGAUGGUUGAAAUAUGACAAUUACUUUAAUGAGUCAGUGGCUCCACUACAUUUAACACUUCACAUGGACAAAUACUCCUUGAAACACUUAACCCUUCAAGUCAGUAUUUAAAUGUCCUCUAAACUAAGACUAUGGCGGUGUUUAGAUAGCCUGUCAGUGAGAAAUUUGUUAUAUAUGAAUUGUGCCCCCCCCCCCAAUUUCCACCCAGCAGUCAUGGUCAUUUCAAUAGCAAAUUGCUAACUUAUCUCCUUUAUUACUUACAAUAUAUGCUUCACUAUUCUCACUGUGAUUGUUUCCCAACCACAAGAAUCUUUUUACCAUAUCACUAAUUCAUUAUCACAAAUUAUAAUGUUUCUGUGAACAGGUUCCUGUAAAAACUUAUGUCUUACAAAUUGAAACCAAGCAAAACACUAGGAUAUGCCAUGUUGGUUACUGGUUGAUGAAGUGUCAUUGGAUAAAAGGGCGCAAAAUAAUUUAUGUGCAGUCAUGCAUAUGAACAAGCAGAUAGAAGAAAUGGGAAGUUGAAUGUUUCAGUCUCAUGGUCCAAAUAGAAUGGUAAGAAUCCAACAGAUAACACAGCAGUGAUAAUUUGCCUUGGUGCCUGCAAGCAGUGAGUACUUAAGUGGAUACCACUGAUAAAAGGCUUCUAGCUGCAAGUACACUUUUGGGCAACAGUUUACAUGAGGAAUGAUUAUACUGGUGUGCAAGAGCACAGUGAUGGCAUGAAUACUGAUGUACAAUUUGGAUAAAGCAAGUUUGUGAUUAGAUUAAUACUUUGACUGUUUGAUGUAAUGACAUCUAAAUUCUUCAAGUAGAGUGGUACCCCUCAUAACCUCGGUACAGAUGGGUGUCUUGGACACAGCAUCUCAUUGGUUAAAUUUUGAUUAGGUUGGUUGAAAGAUGACAUGAUUCGGUGUUGGGCAGAUGGAUUUCCAGAAUGUUCCCCUGGUGUAACCCCCUCCCCCCUUUCUGCAUGUUAUAAACAUGUUCUGUGUAGUUGGGACAUAGAGGUCCUAUCACCUCUAGCAUGGUUGGCACAGUUUUGUUAGAGGUAGGUCUGGUUUAUACACUAUAUUAGGAUAAUGCCAACAAGUGGAUGGCUGGGCAUGUACAGAACUCGUAGACACACACCACAUCUGUGCUUAUUACUCUGACAUGCCAGUGACUCUCAGAAUUCAAACUUGUGAGCCUUGCAAGGUGAUUGUUAUAUGUUAUAAGUUUACUGAUGUUUCAGAGGUGUUUGCCUCCAUCAUCAGGGCAAAUGAGAUGGAGGCAACAAGCCCCUUUGAAACAUUGGUACACUAGACCACAUGGUGCAGCGUCCCAGAAGACUCAUCUUUUGUUCAAUCUGUUGUGUAAGCACACAAGUUUUAGUGUCUCAGACUAAGUGAUUAAAAUCAGUCCUCCCAUGAACACAAGAUAAUUCAUGGUUUGCUUUUCAAUUACACAUAUUUCAACAAAAGGAGUGCUUAUUUCAUCAUGAUGCUUCUUUGUAAAAUACAUCGGCAAUCACAAAUUCAUACAUUCACCUUCUACAGUAUAACAACUGCAUCUGUUUGUCAUAAAAUUAACACUGGAUAAAGUGAUUAUAUUCAGUAGUGUAAGUGGCAAAUAAUGGUGGGAUGAUGUUUGAACCAUACUGCCUGCACUGUACUAUGCCUCUUCUGUGUCAAUAUCAUCCUGCAUAUGUGAACUCACUUAGGUCAAAAUUUGAAAGAAUGCAUGCUAUAUAAUACAUCAGAUAAAGGCAGAUGGCUCAAUAGGUAUCUCUUCUUAGGACAUACAGGAACUGACAUAAAGCAGGUUGCAGGGAUUUCUACCAUUGAUUUGGAGUGUGUGGAAUGGUUCAUUCUCUACUAUGCUAUACUUGAAACACAAAACAAAUGCUUUUUCCUAUCUCAUCCAGUUUAUCUGGAUCCAACCAUACUUUUGCCUUGCACAGUCUAUAUUCUUGUAACAGUAGCCAACAUCAUUCUUGCAGUCUCUGAUAGUUUCAUUCAUGGUCCACAGCUGUCAAUGUCAGGUCUGGAGUUUGUUAGACACUCACUGUAUAUGUUAUAAUUUAUAUCCUUUCUAAAACACUUCACAAUGUAUUUUUCAGGAAACUGGUUUUCUGUUUCACUUACAUUCUUGGCAUACAGAUAAUACAUUUUCUUCAUAUUUAGAUUUGAGGGAGGUACAUUAUCUUUAUGUGAUGUCUUGAGUAAUGACUGAAAUGCUUUGGAAAGCUUUCAGCGUGUUGUUUAAUACCAGCCCUUUCUCCACAAGUUUCAAAGGACAAUCAUAUUUGCUUCUGACAUCCUGUGGAAUUACUCUGCAGUUGACACUUUUGUUUUUGGAGAUGAUUGUCACUUUGAUUUGUCUUUACUAUGAACUUGCUUUGUAGACACACUGUCAGAAAGUAUUAUUUCACACUCACAAACUUGUCCUGAGCUACUUCUGAACCUGUACCAUAGGUCUUAUAUUUCUUUUUGAAAAUUUUCAUUGUAUGUAUGUUCAUUUCCUAUGAUAAACAGUCUUCCACGGACACAAACUCCUUUGUUGAUUUUAAGAUUCCCUUACGUUUCAUAUGUAAAUCCUGGUACUUUUUCUUCUGUUUCAUCACACUUUGUGCUGUUCUUGUAUUUGAUACUGCUUGGACUUAACACCUUCAGAUGUUUGCUAUUUAUGAUUUGCAUUCUUUUCUAAUUCUUUGUUGAACUCCUUAACUCAUUACAAUGACUAUUUCCCUAAUAACAGUGAAACACAUUUAAGACAAGUAAGAAACAGGAACUUGGGAAGGUAAAAUCAGUAAAAUGGAGGAGACAUUUUGGCCAGCACAUCAACAUUAUGUAAACACAAACUGAUAUUUAGCGUAAGUUUUGAGAGAUGCUAAAGUAUGUGUUUAAGAAUCUGUCAAAACAUGGUACAUAGCGGGACAAACUUUACUUAAACAUUCUAUCACCAGCAGUCUAUUGACAGUUAUCUGCAGCUUGAAGUGAUCUGUCAAUGAAAGUUAUGAGGGUGCAGUUCCACUUUUCUUGUAUCCACUCAUUUACCCUCUUAAUAGAUUAUAAGAACCCACAAAACAUUUUUUCUAAACUUUCCAACAUUGCAUGACACCGUGAAUUUCUAUUUUUUCACAACAUAUUGAUUGUUGUUACUCCAUUUUUUCUUUUCUUUGAAAAUGGUACAAAAGUGAAAGAAGAGAUAUACUUUGAAACUCCAUUUGUGGAGAAAUAAAAAGUUGUCUUUGUUUUCAUAUAUUAAAAAGUAAGAAAGUAAUAAUGAUAAAAUAUAAUAAUAAUAACUGUAGUUUUGCCAUAUAGUAAAGCUACACACUAUGUUAUGGACACAAUUUGUUACAUAAGUUUAGAAAAUGUUUUUACACAAAAUGGAGGUUUCUGAGCAAUGGAAACUUUGCAGUUUGUGUAACUGUUUCUCCUCUCUUACUCUUUAAUAACUGUCAGUCAUUUUUUUGAUGGUGCAGGACAUUUUGUGUGUAAACGUGCAGCUGCUAUCAUUUCUGUAAUUUAAACCUCCCAGUAUUUUUGUACCAAACAUCACAAGUUUUUUAAAGUGAUGUCCAUGAUGAAUUUUGUUUACACAAAUUCUCUUCUCUUUGAUAUGUGUUGAUUGUAACCAUUUACUUGUUAUACUUAAUUGUUUUUCAUAGGCAUAUUUUUUUAUCUGUUAUAGUUUUCUAAUCUCUCCUCAGAGAACCACUUUAUGGUUUUUGUGCAAGCAUCAAGCUCUAAUGAAAAAAAUUAAGAUGGCAACUUUU